GAAAUUUUACAAUUGCAACUAAUCAAUCAUUUGGGGACAAAGUUACUUGCUGAUACAAAAUCUCUAUGCCGGCAUUACUUCAAUUGUUGUCAUAACCGAAACACCGGGUGUAAAACUACGUUUAUGGAUGGGCGGCCUCUGCACGAAGAAAGAAAAAAGUGCCCCGGAACUUCCGGAGGAGGUCGAUCUCUCCCACUUCCAAAUCCUCCGAUCAAUCGGAAGGGGCGCAUUCGGAAAAGUCUGUAUCGUGAAGAAAAUCGAUACGGACAAAUUUUACGCCAUGAAAUACAUGAACAAAAAAGCUUGUCUGCAAAAUAAAGCGGUUGAGUAUGUGUUAAAAGAACAACAGAUUCUUAUGGCGUUAACUCAUACUUUCUUAUGCAAUUUAUGGUACACAUUUCAAGACCAAGAAGACAUGUUUAUGGUCAGUGAGCUGUUCCGAGGUGGUGAUUUAAGAUUUCAUAUUGACUCAAAAUCGACUGUUUUUGACAAACAUACGUUGAAAAUUUACGCGUUGGAAAUUGGUCUCGCGUUGGAUUAUUUGAAAUCAAAAGGGGUGGUUCAUCGAGAUAUUAAGCCAGAUAAUAUUCUUCUGGACGAAAACGGACAUCUGGCGCUGACAGACUUCAAUGUGGCAGCUAUUUGCACUUCGGAGAAACGACUUACAAAUUUAGCAGGGACGAAGCACUACAUGGCACCCGAGUUACUAGAGACGGCCACUCGGAAGUCGAAGAGCUACUCGUUCGAAGUGGACUGGUGGUCCACAGGCGUCACCCUCUACGAGACAUUCAGGCACUUUUCCACUUUUCCCCCUCCAUUCCCCCACCCCUUUACUCACCUUAACUUAUACACGAGGAAAAAACACACAAUAUACAAGCGUCAUUUCGUGAAGCCGCCGUUGCGCCACGGAUGUUUUCACGACCCCCCUGACUGGGAUCCCGAUUUCGUGGAAGUGCUGAAGGCCAUGCUGGAUGUUAACCCGAAACACAGAGUGAGCAGCUGCGACGAACUGAACAGAAUGAAGUUCUUCGGGGGUAUGAAGAAAGAAGAAGUGCUGAACAAACUUGUAAGGCCGAGUUUCGUUCCAUCGGAUAAGAAUAUUAAUUGCAACGCUACUUUCGAACUUGAAGAGAUGAUUUUGGAGGCGGAACCCUUGCAUAAAAAGGGAUCGAUUUAUUCUUUUGUUAAAAAAAAGCGACUGAAAGAAAUGGAAGAGAGGAAGAGCUUUGACGCCGAAGCCGACAACCAAAUGUUUGCAAAGUACCUCAACUUCGACCGAAUGAAAGACUGGAAAGUAGACGUGCAAUUAAUCGACAACGAGAUGCUCAAACAAGACUUGGCCGCUGCACCUCUGGCUCCAACUCUGAAUCCGAGCCCAUUGCCACCGACCGAAGAGUCAGGAGGGCCGAAAGCGUCGGGGGGAACGCCACCACCGGAGCCGGCUUUGAACUUGGAUGGACCUGGCGCUGCGCCUCUGGAUAAGAGGAUGAGUUUGAAGUCGAAUAAGACCUAG